CUUGUUUCCGCAUCGGCGUGAGAUCGUCGAACAACGAAAGGGCAAAAGUUUUAAUGAAUUACCUGUAAAAUCACGAUUACAAUGUGGGUUGCAAGGCGAUUUAUGUCUUUAAUCACCCGGAGAGGGCAGUAUGGCUUAUUCUACCAACCCCAGGGCUCACUCCCCAAACUAGAAUUCCGGUAUCUCAACUGCACGUGCUGCUGGAGGAGUCGGAUCCAAUUUGCAAGCUUUGAAACCCUUAAUGACACCCUCUCUUCAUCUACUACGCCUUGCGACGACAAGUCGCUGGACGCAUACUACACGUCAGAGCAGCGAGGUGUCAUUCUGCAGCUCCUCAACAAUGCGGCAGAGUCGGAGCUUGCUGCUGUCAAGCUCCUUCGUGGCCGCAAGUCUGUCAACAUUGUGGAAUACAGGACUAGAAAUGGACCUUUUAAAAAUCUCGAAAGCGUCACAAAUGUGCCGCUUCUGAAACACAAAAGUGCUGUCAUUGUCUUCAACUCCAUCCUCAACCCUCCUGAGAAGAAGGAGAAAAGAAAAGUAAAGAUCCAGCUAGCCAAGUUCAUCAGACCAGAGGUGGAAAGGACCUGGCUAGUGGAAGCAAAUUCCAUAGUGUCCAUUGUGUGUGGAGUGAAUAAAAUAGCCUGGGCGCACAUGGAUCGUGGCAUGAACGUGUUGGAGUGGAAACAUGAGGAUUGCCACAACUUUCUGAAGGGAACCUACAUGGCUUCUGCCUACUUGGAUGACAUAUCCAGUGUGGUAUCCCACCUCCCCAAAGCUGACUUCUUCGUUGUGGAAAAGACGUCCAUCUCCCUUCAGAACACUGCCCUGUACCCAGUAAUGGCUCACAUGCGUACAGUGGAGGCUAUGCUGUUCGCCCUGCUGGAGCCCCGCUACAUCCAGCCUGACAACACUGCUCCACCCAAGGUGCUCAACAUGAUGCGCACCGCCGUCGGCCGCCAUUUUGGCCUCAUGGUGGGUGACUCCCGCACCAGCGGGGCCCAGGCGUUGCAACAGAUGAUGACGGAGUCAGUGACUCAGAAGAUUCCGAGGGUGACAUUCCCUCACAACCUGUUGGUGAAAUACAGGAAUUCUUUCCAGAUGGGCGGGCGAAGUCGGGGGGAGGAGCUGUGUGACGCCAUGUUGCAGGCUGUGGCGUUUUACGAGCUGCUCAGUGAAUCGAGUUAAUGUUACAGCGACAAUUUCCACGCUCCAUUUUCACCAGACUGAAACUAGUUGACUGUGUACAGUAUGUGACCUGGUGGGGUCGAAGUUCAAAGAGCUAACCAGAGAGACCUGCAUAUUGGAGGCUUGAUGGAAAUUGACACUAGCUUAUGUAAAUGUAUACUACAACACUUCCCACAUGUAGAGUCAGAUGGUAUUGCACUUGGUGUCAGUUCAGGCCCCAGCAGCUGUACUCAAGCCUUUCCUCAUACAGACACCACACAUCAGGCUUUCUUCACUUCCCCAUGAAUAGAAAUGUUCAGGGCCACUAGUAAAGCAGAACAGGCUUGAAUAUGUACAGUGAUGAUUUGUCACGUGACCACCUACAUCUGUACCUUUGUGGGCAAAUGUUUAAUGCCUUCAAAGCCUGAAAUACCACUGAUUUAAAACACCAACUCACUGAACCAGCUUAAAAUAAAAAGUAACAUAGAUGUUUUUAUUUUUAUGCACAAAUAUAAAAAUAGGAUUAUUUCAAUUAUA